AUGUGUCAAGACAGUGAUACGAUACCUUGCAGGUGCAACGUGAAAGUGACGCGCAUAAUCUGCAAGGGUGUCUUCAUCUUCAUCCUGCUUGUAGUUCUCAACAAAAAAGUACGAUCAACGGUAAUACAGUGGUUACGAAGCAAUGUUCACCGCCUGCGCCGUAUUAGUGCAGGUAAUAGCAGCUCAGUAGCCACAACGGUUCACUCAGCAAGGCAAGAAAUAAGAUCGUCAUCGUCACCGCAGUCUUUGGAUAUUUUGGAACCAAGCGUUGAAGACCGAGAUUGCAGCAACUCAUGCGCGAGAGAAUCACAAUUGGAUAAUUCUGCAGAAUCCUGCUUGGUUUCCGCUUUUAUUUGCUGGGGAGCAAGACGCAGACAGCAACAGGGUGGCGGUUUCUAAUCUUUCUUCUUAUAUAUAGAGCUAAAUGUCUGUCUGUUUGCCUGUCUGUUCGUACCUAUGUGUGCUCGUAUGUUCUGAAUAAAGUGCCC